GAGUUCCGCGGUCGCCUUGACGACGGCAGACGCUGUAGCUGCUCUGAAGAGUGCCGGCCGAAGCCCGCGGAGAAGGACGCUGGAGCGCAGAGCAUGAGGAACUGGUGUCUGUGCCAGAUUUGCACCUGCGGGUCAGAUUAUCGCCCUUAUGAAGUAGUCAAGCAGCCUCGCCACAUACCUGAAGAAUAUAAACCCAAACAGGGGAAAAUUGAUCUUGGUACUACCUACAAGCGAGAUUUUAAUCCUUACAAAGUACAGCCUGUGGUAAAAGCCCGGCCUGUGGAAAGACAACAAGUUAAAAAAGGAAAGUUGGACACUGUCCCAACUUAUAAAGAUGAUUAUAGAUCUUGGGAUAUUCAGAAAUGUGAACUGUGUAAACCAGAGCAAGCUUACCAUCCCCCAGAUGUGAAAUUUGGAAACUCAACUACAUUUCAGGAUGACUAUGUUCCUCGGGAGAUAAAGCCUAGGCAAAGCUUUAAGCCCUGCUCUGUGCUCAAGUGUUCUGUAGGCCCUUUUAAUGGUGAUACAAGUCAUCAUCGAGAUUAUGUUCCUCAUCAGCUAGAAAUCAAGUUUGCAAGGCCAAAAGAAGUUUAUAAGCCUACUGACCAGCCUUUUGAGGAUCUCACCACUCACCGGAAUGACUUUCAGGGUCUAACUGGUGAAACUGCAAAAAUCUGCAGACCUGCCUAUACCAGAGUGACCCAAAACAUUCAGUUUAAAGGAAGCACUGAAUUCCGUGACAGUUUCCAACCAUGGGAAAUCCCACCACCCAAAGUCAAGAAAGUGGCAGAGUAUGUACCUCCUUCAGGAAGCAUGCAGUUAAACAGCACCAGCCACCUUGACUAUGUUCCCUAUCAGGCCAGCCGCGUAGUUGCCAUUAGACCAGUUUCUCACAGAAGGCAAAGCAAUUUUCCUUUCCAAGGAAAAAGCACCACGAAGGAAGAUUUUCCAGCAUGGGAAACUUGUCGUCAAGGACUUAUUAAGCAGCAGCAACAAAUUCCCAACCCAUCUGGAAAAUUUGAGGGUUUGAGCACUUUCAGAUCUCACUUUGUGCCACAUGAAUUGAUUCCAACAGAGAGCUGCAAACCUUUAAAUGAAGCUCUCAAGAGUUCAGUUCCACUUGAUGAUGUCACCAUGUAUUCUAUACAGUUCACACCAAAGAAACAGGAAAUCUGCCCAGCUAGCUAUCCUUCUCCUCCUGGUUAUGUAUUUGAAAAUACAAAUUCGCAAGGACAUAAAUUCUAUCGCAAGAUUAUUCCUGCAGUAAAGGCCUUUUAGUAAUUAAUGAUUAAAAGAAAGCUAAUGAGAAUUUGAUUUUUAAGGAGAAACAACUUUUAUAGUAAAAAUAUAUUAUGAGAGCUAUACAAUUUCAUUUUUAGCUUUUUGAACAAGUUGGAACAUAAAGAUCAGAAUUGAUAAAUCUGGUUUGUUUGAACAAAGAUCGACCUGUUUAGCACAGGCUACCCUGGAACUUGCAGUCCUCCUGUGUCAGUCUUCUGAUCCAAGAUUGUUCUUUAACAGGCAUUUCUGAAGGCUAAAUAAUGGGUACACUCAUUUACGCACGCUGUCUCUAAGUUUGUCCUCAGUCUGGUGUCACCUCAUUUUACACUUAUACAAUUAUACAUCUCCUCUCAUCAUCAUUUAUCAAGUACAUUGGGACCAUCUAGAAAAAAUUGAAGAUGAGCUAUAAAUUAUACUUUUCAAAAAAUCCAGGUUUUACUCAUUGAUUCAUUCAUUCAUUCAUCUUCAGAACAUCUACAGAGCAUAGGACAAGUCAAGUUUUGGUUGGUGAUGUCAGAGUCUACUGCUCUGUUCCUUGCCCUGUUCAAAAUAGCAAAAGACAUUGUGGCUUGAAGAGGAGAUGUCCUAUAGUAUGGGAAUCAGAGGACCAGAGUUCAAGGACUGAUAUCUUUGGUUUAUAUUUGAGCCACUGUAAGCAAUCUCUUGCAUACACACUUCUGUGGUUCAUCUGUUAAAGAAUAUUGGUUCUGCCUACCUCACUAAAGUUUGUUGGGAGUAUCAAAUUGUAUAAUACAUUUAAAUGCAUAAAGUACAAAUGUAAGGGGCUAUUAAACCCUCAGAUAACUUUUUGUAUUUUUUCAUUUUCAAAUAAGGAUAGGUACAAACUUAAUACUCAUUACUUGGUCUCCAUACAGCAAGGACUAUAAAAUAACCUAAUUUGCUUUGAAUUUAUGAGUAAUAUGUGUUUGUAAGAGGCAUCUGCCCACUAUAGCUUCAUAAACACCCUAUAAGUUAUAGCAGAAAAUAGAGAACCUAGAUUAAAUACUUGGAUGUAAAUGGCUGUAUUUUCAAAAGGAAAAAUAUUUGCUGAAAAAGUUGUAGGGAAGACUUCCAGUUCUGACAAAAUCUUCAGGAUAAACAUAGGUAUCUGUUCAUUCAGUGGCCACAUCCAGAAACAUUGUUCAUUUAUGAAGGCUAUAACUACCUUGUUCAUAACUGAAAGUAAAAAGUGCAAAGAAGGACAGGGAAGUGAUACCAGUAAAGGACCUGGAAGUAGCAUACUAUACUUACAAAUGUUGAAAACUUCAAGUGAUGUGAGUGUUUUAAUAAAUGAUCAUGUACGGAAAAUAAGAUUGACUUCAAUUUAUAAUGAAUUGUAAUGUGUCACAGUUUAAGAAUACUACUAAGAGUGAAUUUAAAACAUGUAAUAAUUUUAAUUAAUUGAAAGCAAUUCUCCAUAUUUGCAUUUAUUAUAAAAAGAUAGUAAAUAAAAAUUAUGUUUUAUGUAUAAUCUGAUUAAUAAAAUGUAUUUUCAUG